GAUAUGCGAAAACAUGUUAUCAUGACCCUCUUGGACACCGAGCAGUCGUACGUCGAGUCUCUCCGGACCUUGAUGCAGGGUUACAUGAAGCCCCUGAAGCAGCCAGAAAACUCCAUUCUCUGUGAUCCUUCCUUGGUGGAUGAAAUCUUUGACCAGAUCCCAGAGCUGCUGGAGCAUCACGAGGAGUUCCUGGAGCAGAUCUCCGAAUGUGUGCAGAACUGGCAUGAGAAGCAGAAAGUGGGAGACAUCCUGGUACAGUCUUUUUCCAAGGACAUCCUGGUGCACAUUUACUCUGCCUACAUUGACAAUUUUCUCAAUGCCAAAGAUGCCGUGAGAAUUGCUAAGGAAGCCAGACCAGCCUUUAUGAAAUUUCUGGAGCAAAGCAUGAGGGAAAACAAAGAAAAACAGGCCCUCUCAGACCUCAUGAUCAAGCCGGUGCAACGGAUUCCACGUUAUGAACUCCUGGUCAAGGAUCUUCUGAAACAUACCCCAGAGGAGCACCCUGACCACCCGUUCUUAAUGGAAGCCCAGAGGAACAUCAAGCAAGUGGCGGAGAGAAUCAACAAAGGAAUGAAAAGUGCAGAGGAAGUGGAGAGGAACGCCCGGAUUGUGCAGGAGAUUGAGUCUCACAUUGAGGGGAUGGAGGAUCUCCAGGCCCCGCUGCGCAAGUUCUUACGCCAGGAGAUGGUAGUGGAAGUGAAAGCUGUGGGUGGGAAGAAGGACCGCUCGCUGUUCCUCUUCUCCGACCUGCUGGUUUGCACCACUCUGAAACGCAAGUCCGGAUCCCUGCGCCGAAGUUCCAUGAGCCUGUACACAGCCGCCAGCGUCAUAGACACGGCCAGCAAGUACAAACUGCUUUGGAAGAUGCCCUUGGAAGACGCGGAUGUUGUGAAAGGGGCCUCUCAGUCCACCAACCGUGAGAGCAUCCAGAAAGCCAUCUCCCGGCUGGACGAGGACCUCAGCACUCUCGGCCAAGUCAGCAAGCUUUCGGAGACCCUCAGCUUCCCCCACCAGAGCCUGGACGACGUCAUCAAGGACCUGAUGGCUGCCAUCCACCGGGAGCUGGCCGAGAAGCAGUCCCUCUCCUUCACCAUGUCUUUCCCCCCGAACAAGAUGGAGCUGACGGUCACCAAAGCCGAUAGCACAGAGUCCUACAUCUUUGAGUUUCCCAAUCCGGACGCACGCCACAGCUUUGAGCAAGCCUUUGAGGACACUAAGAAGAAACUAGCUUCCAGCAAAAACUCCCUGGAUCCUGAGUUCCUGAAGGCAAUUCCCAUCAUGAAAACACGGAGCGGGAUGCAAUUCUCCUGUGCCUCCCCAAGUCACAGCAACCCCGAGAACGCCUACGAGGUCUGGGUGUGCAACAGCGACGGCUACGUCGGCCAGGUCUGCCUCCUGAGCAUCAAGAAGGAGCCCAUCGUGGAGGCGUGCAUCGCCGUUUGCUCCGCUCGGAUCCUGUGCCUCUCUUCGGUGCCCGGCCUCAAGAGGACGUACAGGGAGCGACCCACGUCUCUGGCCAGCCCGUCUUCUGAACCAGUUCACGCCGCACUGGAUGAAGCCGUACCACAGCAGUGCUUGCACAUUUCCAUAUCCGGGUCUUCUCUGGAGCUCUCGGAGCCUGUGGGCAGCGCCAGCCGGGAACUGGUGCCCUUCGACAGCGACGACACGGAUGACGAGUCCUCCCCGAGCCCAUCUGGCACCCUCCAGAGCCAAGCCAGCCACUCCACCAUCUCCUCCAGCUUUGGAAACGAGGAGGUCCCAAGCUCCAAAGACGUGAUGGCUGAGACAACCAGUUCUGAAGAAGAGCAAGAAUCCUCCAGUUUCCUUCCCGUUGCCCCAACGUUUGUCCAGAACCGGAACAGCGAGAGCCCCAUGGACGGCCGGGCAAUGAGACGGUCGAGUCGAGGGUCCUUCACCAGGGGCAGCCUGGAAGACCUGCUGAGCCUUGACCCGGAAGCCUAUCAGAGUUCCGUCUGGCUGGGGACCGAGGACGGCUGCAUCCACGUCUACCAGUCUUCUGAGAACAUCCGCAACAGGAAGAACAGCCUAAAGAUGCAACAUUCGGCCUCUGUGACCUGCAUUUUAUACCUCGAGAACCAGGUGUUCGUGUCGCUGGCCAACGGAGAGCUCGUGGUUUACCAAAGAGAAGCAGGGCGUUUCUGGGACUGUCAGAACACCAAGUCCGUCUCGCUGGGCUCUCCGGGCAGCCCAGUGACCAAGAUGGUGGCAGUGGGUGGGAAGCUUUGGUGUGGAUGCCAGAACAGAGUGAUCAUCCUCAAUCCAGCCACGCUGCAGCAGGAGCACACAUUCCAGGUGGGGCAGGACAGUGGCCGCUCCGUCACCUGCAUGGUCAGCUCCAGCGUCGGGGUGUGGGUCACCCUGCAAGGGAGCGCCCAGGCGAGACUCUACCAUCCUGCCAGCUAUGACCAGUUGGCGGAAGUGGACGUCACCCCUCCAGUCCACAAGAUGUUGGCAGGGUCGGACGCGAUCAUCCGUCAGCAUAAGGCCGCCUGCUUGCGCAUCACCGCUCUCUUAGCGUGCAAGGACCUGCUCUGGAUCGGCACCAGCGCUGGGGUGGUGCUGACGCUCUCCAUCCUAGCUAACGCCGCUUCCUUGAAGGUUCCACCUCAACCGGUGGGUCUUCCCCAGGGACACACGGGCCACGUCCGUUUCCUCACGUCCAUUGAACUUCCCGAAGGAUUCGACAUUCUCUUCCCUUUGCCCAGAGACCCAGGUACGGAAAAGUCCAACGACUUGGAGAAAAGAGAUUCUGUGCGGCACCGAGCGUCCAAGUCCAAAAUGCUGGUGAUCAGUGGCGGGGACGGCUACGAGGACUUCCGGCUCACCAACAGCAGCGAGACGGUGGGACGGGACGACAGCACAAACCACCUGCUUCUCUGGAGGGUCUGAUCCGUUUGGGGGAGAGAGGGGAGCCCCUUAGACAGACAGAGAGAGGGGUGUAGUGUUUUUUUUGCGAGAGACAGACAGACAGACACCGCUCCAAUUCCGUCCUUGCCGCCGAACGCGUUCGUCUCGUCCUCCAUCUUGAGUGUCUCGUACGUGUGCCUCCGACGGCCUUCCGGAUCCCACGGCAGAGCGAUUGAGAGGGAUUGUGUAGAAAGAACCCUCGCCCAGCGCCAACAGACGCCGCCCUCUCUCCGCUGCACGACGUGUGCCUGCUGCUGUGUUUGAAUGUCGAGGUGCGGGCCGGUGGGCGAAAGAUCGGAGGAGAGCGUAGGUGGCUCCCGGUGGAUGUCCGAGAGACCUUCUGGAGAACGUUCCCACAGAGGAAGGAAGCGAGAGGACCUGUCUCCUGCUUCGAAAGGGGAAUGGUCUCCUUCUUGUGUCUGGCUUGGUCCGAAGUCUCCUGGGAAUCCUGGACCUCCUUGUCUCCCCAGGACCUCCGAAGCCGGACAUCGGGUUGUGUAGAGUAGACGAUGCUCGGAGAAACCUUGGCGCCCAUCUCCUUUUUCGCCUCCCUUUGGUUCCCCUCCACGUGUCCCUCAGCCGCUCCCGCUGUUUUCCACCCCGUUGGUGAGCACGUGGCCACCUACUUAGCAAUCCUCACACGAGGACCCGUUGCUCCACCCCAUUGCCCCCAGAACACUGGGGGGACCCACUCCCCCCCCGUUGCCAGCUUACACAUCACCCGAAGGGGUGGGCGAUGUGUCUGUGUGUGUCUUUUUAAAAAUAUGUGUAUAAAUAACCGUUAUUUAUUGGGGAUUGUUCUGAGGAGGUGUUCUGGAAGGAGAGGACUGGGGAGAUGAGGUCCCAUCGUUCCUGAGCAGGCGACAAGGAGCUGGGGUGAUGGGUUUUGGAGUUCAGUUAGAGUCCUCCAUGAUUUGCCCAUAGGCUGUAUCACCGCAAGUACGUACAGGGUUGUUAAUCACACAUUGGCAUUAGAAGAAGCUCAGUAUGUCGGUUGUAACAUAUUGCAGUUCUGAGGACCAUCACUAACCAAGGUGGCUUCAGUUUUGUGUGUGUGUGUGUGUUUGUGGGUGUAAAAGAAGUCGAAGGUGGGAAAACGUUGAUUCUUCUUGGGUUCUGUGAGGGUGGCCAGACCAAAAACAUAAGGAUCUAGGCAGGAGGCUUGUGCAAUAUUGGGCAGAAUUUCCCAGAAAUUCUGUGCAUGCUCAGAGGCUGGGUCGCCAAGGCCUGGAGGCCCAGGCCUCACAGGAAGGCCUCCAGGGUUACCAGGGCAACUGUGCCCCAUGUUGUCAUGGGAUGGAGAGAGCAGGGUAGACCGCCGUUUAGAUCACCCUUCUUUGUACAGUAUUUAUUAGAGGUGUGCAGGUUUGGGAGUUUUGUUUUGUUUCUUAAUUGCAACUCCUAGUUGCCCGGGGAAUUUUGGGAGCUGUAGUCCAAAAAACCUGACAAAUCUGCACACUUCUAGCAUUUAUGUUUUCC